AUGCAACUGUCCUUCAAUGUGGCUCUACAGCUUGCUGCCAUCUUGAGUGUGGCACUCUCCUUUGGUAUCCAAGUACCAGCCGGGGAAAAGAGCUGUUUCUACCGGGAACUACGGUCGAAUAUGCAUGUUUCGCUUCACUACGUCGCCCGAGAGACUGUGAGCAUCGCAGUGCAAGCGCCGUCCAAAGAAGGCAUUUAUUCCAAAACCUCAGUCCUUCAAGGAGAGCACUCCUUCAACGCAAAGGAAGACGGUCCCUACCAGUUUUGCGUCUCAACCGACUCGACGCGACGCGCACCAACGAUUGCAAAGUUCCGCUUUCUGGCCUUUCCCCCCGACGUUUUCAAUUCUGACAUUGCCAAAUCGACCCAAGCGUUUGAUGCUCGCAUGCUUACUCUGGAACUUUCGAAGAUAAGCGACAAAGUUUUGUAUUCCGCACACCUAUAUGCUGACACCACAUCCGCCACGGAUGAAACCCUCAAGAGCUCCAUCGCUCUCACCGGACGACUCGCUGCGCUUGAGUGCGUAGCCGUUUUAGUCGUUGCCUUGGCUCAAGUCAAAUACGUGCGAAACAUCUUGUCGGCAACACGCUCGAAGGUUCAAAGAAUGGUUUAG